AUGUACGUGCUCAGUGGUUUCGGUGCGCUCCUCUUCAUCGCGAUACUCACGUGCUGCACGUCCACGGAUACCGGAAACACGACGGAGAAGGCCUCAUCCUCCACCGAUUUAGCAGUCGUUUCAAGAGGAAUGAAGAGCACCAUGUACAAGGUUAUACCAUACCUCUUGGUACCAGCGCUCGCGAUGGCAGGAAUCAUGCCUUGGAUUCUGCCAGGAAUCCAGCUGGCCGUCACUAUGGUAACCAUGCUCAACAACAUGGCCUUCUCCUCCGCCCUCUUCAUGCUCAUCAGGAACUACAUCUUCAAUACCAAGCAGGAGGAGCACAUCGUCUACGUCAAUCACGGAUACAAGAACAAGCACAAACAUAGGUGAUUUUCGGAGAAUUAGUGUUCAUUUUAGACAAAAAUGAAAAAAAAAACAACUAAAUCAUUCUUGCCUUUGCCAAACGUAAAGUAAAUAAAUAAACUAGUGUACCUUAGCAACCAAAUUACUAACAUAACAACU